UUUACUUUGUUUGUAAUUUUUAUUCUUUGUUGUAAUUAGUAUUGGUCAGUGAUAUAAUUAUUGAUUUACUAUGGAAGAAAUACGUUCUAAAUACAAAUCUAUUCAGAAUGGUGCUCAUCAUAUUACGUUAGAUUGUAUACAUCCUCAGUCAACACAUGGCUCUCCAUAUCAUGUUCAUCCUUAUCCCUCUCCUAUUCGCCUACAACAUGCUUUUACAGCACAGACCAGUCCGAAGAUGUUCCACCCAAAAGGACUUAAACCUCAUCGUGAUUGCAAAGUACUUAUUACACCAACUGAGAGCCCUAUACUUGGCCGGGCACUAUGCCUUACACCUCGUGGCAGUCCCCUUCCAGGCAAUGUCUCUCACCUGAAUGACAAAUUCCAAGAUUCUCUUACUAUUACAUCAGACACCGAUGCUCUGGUUGCCAAAAUAAGUGCCAUGUUUCCAACUGUCAGUGAGACACACAUAAAAAUUUUACUGAAAAAAUACUACAACCGGGAAGCAGUAGUUAUAAGUGCAUUGCAAGUUGAGAAGCAUCCUAUAACAACACCUGGCCCUCUAAGCAUGUCACCUUCAAUGGCACGUCUGCAGAAAGGUGCUGUUGGUGUUUACUCUGCAAUGCAACUUGCAAGAGGAGGAUCCUCUAUGCAUGGGUCUAGUCAUUUAACACCUCUCACUGGAACACCACAAGGCUCUCCCUUGCUACUUAGACCGGCUUCAGGGGCAUCAAGCUAUUACGGCAUGGCAAAGGCAGUUGAUGGCCAAACAAAACAUCAAUCACCAAAGAUGAAAUUGAAGUAUCUUAAAAGUAUUUUUCCAAAAGCAGAAGAGACAUUAAUUCUGGAUAUAUUAGCAAAUAAAGAUGAUAAUGUGCAAAAGGCAAGCGAGGAACUCAUUAGUAUGGGAUUUACUAAAAAAGACACUUCUAUACAGAAGAAAAAAGACAAAGAAACACCAAAACCUGUAAAGAAAGUUGUAACUAUAAUGAAAACAUCGGAAGAAAAAAUGCAAUUAAAGCAAAAGCUGCAAAAGAAAUUUAACACAGUAGCAGAAAGGGUUAUAUCGAUAGCUCUGGAAAGUGUUGACUUUAACGAAGAAAGGGCUGAACAAAUAUUAACUGCUGUGGUUCAAGAAGAGGAUGCACCUAAAGUUACUAAGAAUGUUGAAAUAAAAGAAACAUGUCGGCCUGGUCCUGAAGAGAUUAACAAAGGUGUGAGCGGCAGUGUGGAGCAGCCGCCGAGCCGGCCGCCCCCCGCGCCCGCCUCCCGCCGCAUCAAGAUAUGGACCGAGCAUUUGAAGCCAAUAUUAAAGACAAAUGCAAGUGUGGAGCCUAAAUACAAAUCGCAAUAUCGUAUGGCUAGUAAUGGUCCUAACCCAUCACUACGACAAGGACCGAAGGAUAGUCUACUUCUGGAAGAUUAUAUGACGUGGAAUGGACCGAACCCGGAACUAAGGAAUGGCAGGACAAUUAACCCCGAAGGUCCAGAAAAAUGCGAAAAAAAGUUUUCACUUGCUCGAGGGCCAGCCGACCUCGCGAAGGGUCCAGCCGGUAUUGCAACUGGUUCGAUUUAUCAAAAACUAGCUAAAAAAUCAGCUAAGAUCGCCACUUAAAUAACCAAACACCAUACGGAUUGUGAAGACAAAGAAGUUAAAAUAUGUUGGUUAACUUUUUGUGAAAUUUUGUUUUUGUUUUUUAAUACUUUUUUAACUUUUUCUUCGAAAAUGUCAUAAAAUUACAUGCCCAUAAAAAGUAUUGGUAAAA